AUGUGUUAAGUGAAUAUCGCGAACCCCUAACAACUAACAAAAUAUAACGCGAACUUUUAAGGUUAUGUUGUGCAUGUAAUAACCUUAGUGCAACUGUUAUUUUUAAAUAUAUUAAUGAAAAUUAAAAUAGUGUUAUAAUAUUAUUUGUUGUAUUGUGUUUAAUGGCUUCCUCUGACGAUAGUUUUGCGUGGUCGGAUGCUUCUAAAGAUUCUGACGAUAUGGAUGUCAACAAAAAAGACGAAACCGAGGAGUCAGGUAUUAGUUACAAAAAGAGCCUUCAAGAGAAAUUAUUCAAGGAUGAAGAACAAGAACCUAAAAAGAAAUCGAAAAAGCGAAAGCAUGAAGAAACAGCCACCAUAAACGAAAGUGAAGAAGAAAAACCAAAACCUAUAAAAUCAGAAUCAGAAAGUGAUUUUGAUGCACCGAAAAAGAAGAAGAAGAAAAAAAGUAAGGAUGAUUCAAAUAUCAAUGAAUCUCAACAAUCCAAUAAUUCUGAUGACAGCUACCUCAAUUAUCUAGUGAAACAAGAACAGACCUCUUUCGCUGAGCCGGCUCCGGUCAAAUCAAAAAAGAAAAAGAGACAUAAAAGAGAUUCUGAAAUGGUUACUUCUGAAGAAUUAGAUAAUCAUAAUCAUGAUAAGUCUACUGAUAAAAACGAUAUUGAGAAUGGUGUAAAAGAAGAAAUAGAAAGCAAGAAAAAGAAAAAUAAAAAGAGUAAACAUGAAGCAAACACAUCAACUGACGACUUCGAACCAUCAGAUGAUAAUUUAAAACCAAAAAAGAAAUUAAAAAAGAAGAAGCAGGAAAACAUAAUUAACAGCACUAGUUAUGAUAAAAGUGAAAUUCCACAAAUCUCACAGAUUGAAGAUAUAAGUGCAAUUGACAGCUCAACCUUAGUUAACAAUUACUUAGACGAUGAUCAAAGCAAAGUUAAUGUUGAUGAGAAUGACAUGUCACAAGAGAUAGAAUCAAAUACCUCUACAUGUCCAGAUACCUCUAGUUCCAAUAAAGUAAAGAAAAGUCAUACAAUAGCUGAUAGAUUAAGAUUUGAAGAAGAAGAUAGUGUUGAUUACACACUGAAAGAAAAUGUUGAUGAUACAAAAUUGUCAAAAAAUCUAAAGAAAUUCAUUGAGUCUAAUAGUAACUUAUCAAUAGUAAAGGCUUCAGCUGAAAAAGGAACUAUGUUAACGCCAAAUGAUGAAAUAUGGAUUAUUAAAGCUCCACAUGAUUUAAAUGUUCAAGACUUUGCAGGGAUUAAUAUGAAAAUAGGUGGAAGAAAUAAGUUAAAGAUCAAUGGUCAAACCUAUGAUUUAGUAAGCGAUGACAGCAUAGAAAAAGCUCCUAUUUUAAUGUGUGACAAAAAUAAAAUAUACAUCCCACAUGUUCCUAUAAACAGCAUUAUAAAUGUACAAAAAAGGAUACCUAAAGCACACAUACCAGAAGAAAAUGUAAUGGUAAAUUACCAGCCUAAUUUUAUUCCUUUACCCGAAACUAAAUGUCGUCAUCCACUUUUUGGAGUAAACUACAGAAAGGCUACUAAAAUUGCACCAUCGGUAGCAGAGCGUUUAAAGGACACCGUAGUAUCAUCACCAGUUAACGAUGAGAGAGUUAAAAAGAAGAAACAUAAAAAAGAAAAAAGAAAACUUGAAUUAGAAUCAGAAUCAGAAAUGAAACCUCUUGAUGAGGAGGCAAGUGUUAUUUCAUCAAAAAAGAAAAGAAAAAGAAAAUCUAGUAUAAAAGAGGAACCAGUCACAAAGAAAGCUAAGUAUGUAAAUAAUGAAGAUACAGGUGAUGUUUGGGAAUCCGAACAGGCAAUAGAGAAAAAUCUUUUUGAUUUUUAAUAGUUUUUAUUAAUAAAAACAAGAUACAUUUA